AUGUACCUGAUCACUGUGUUUGGAAACCUGCUCAUCAUCCUGGCCAUCAGCUCUGACUCCCAUCUCCACACUCCCAUGUACUUCUUUCUUGCCAACCUGUCCUUUGCUGACAUCUGUGUCACCUCCACCACUGUCCCAAAGAUGCUGCUGAACGUCCAGACUCAGAGCCAAGUCAUCACCUAUGCAGGUUGCAUCACACAGAUGCACUUUUUCAUAAUCUUCUCAGGGUUGGACAUCUAUCUCCUGGCUGUGAUGGCCUAUGACCGUUUUGUGGCCAUCUGUCAUCCCCUGCAGUACAUGGUCAUCAUGAACCCCCGGCUCUGUGGACUGUUGCUUUUGGUAUCCUGGCUAUCAGUUGUCUCCUUAUUUUUUUGUUCUGGUCUUGGAGUAUACCUCAGCUCUGCUGCUCCCCAGAGCUCCUACACAAGUGCAGUGGCCUCAGUGAUGUACACAGUGGUCACACCCAUGCUGAACCCCUUCAUCUACAGCCUGAGGAACAGAGACAUAAAGAGGGUUCUGAAAAGAGUCACUGGGGUUCCAGUGAUGUAA